AUGGCAACCAACUUUGUGGAGUGUGCAAAAUGGAUUGCGAAAAAACGACCUGGACUUGUCGGGAAGGACGCGUUUGUCAGCUUCUUGCUUGGGGACUUUGGCAGCCAUACUGUCCAGUGCUUGAAUGGAACUUGGCCGAAGGCGCAUCCGUGGACCGUCGCGAAUUCUCUAUGCUAUGAUCGGCCCAUCCUCGUUCGCUACGGAAGCAUUGCUGAAGAGCCAUGUGCCAUCGAGAUCACAGUACAAGGUCUACCAGAAGGUGCCAUUUCUCUGAAGUGCUUCCCUGCAGUUACAACUGUGUCCUGUCUGAAGGCAUUGCUUGUGAAGAAAGGCGUCGUUCCCGAAGAUGAAAUCGAGUCCUUUAGCUUGGCACGCGAAGGUCUAUCUUUAGUCGAGGAAGACAAAACCUUGCAGGUGUAUCAUAUAAAUCGUGAUGCCUUUCUUAGCAUCAGCUCCAGGUCCCCGCACAGUCGCUUCCCCGCUGCCCCUGCCACGGCUCAAAUCUUCGUCAAGACAGUGACUGGCAAGACAGUUGUCUUUUCUAAAUUUGGUGCACAAUCGACCGUUUAUGAUGUCAUGUGCUGGAUUUGCAAGCAUGAAGGCAUCCCUGUAAGCAAACAGCGUAUCAAUUUCGCUGGAAAGCAACUCGAAGAUAGUCGAGCACUGUUGGAUUGCAACAUCCAGCGGGAGGCUACAUUGCAUCUCACUCUGUGUCUUCAAGGAGGUGGUCAAAUAGGAGCAGAGUUUGUUGAUGUCACUCGUGAAGAUGCCAUCCAGGCGCACGCCUGGAGCUUGUUUGCUCCUCGAUGGCGCACUGCACGUCUUGGAUUAUCAAUUGAAGGUCGCUGCAGCAACAGGGAGUGCCGUGCCUACGGAAAAUUGUUCAUUGACAACAUGGGCUUAUCCAGCUUUGACCUAGUGUUAGAUCAAUUUUGUCAUUGCCCACUCUGUCAUGUGACUGCUGCUGCCAUCAAGCCUGGGUUUAAUAACUGUCUGUGGAAAGUUGUCGCCAUCAAGGAGAAUUCUUUGUCUAUAUACAGAACGCCCUGGAAUCGCGCAGGAGACAUGUACACAACCUAUGAUGAGCACAUCGCAGGAAAGGCCAACUACUCUCGUCUUCAAGUCUUUGUACGUGCUCUCCCAGAGUGUCGGUAUGCGGACCAUGAUGGCAACUUGUGCAAUCUUGAAAAGCAGGAGAACUGCCCCAUCUGUCUUGAUAAUCUUGACAACGGAGAACAAACUUGCAAGUUUGACAGCACUGAGUGUGGGCACUGGUAUCAUGCGGAUUGUAUUGCCAAGUGGAGGGCUGCCCGAGUCCACUCACCAGGUGGAUGCUACUGUCCCAUUUGUCGUGCUGAGGAAUAUUCAGAAAUAUCGGAUAGUUCGGAAUGA